ACAUCUCUAGUAGUCCUACAACAAAAAGCAGCCACGCGCGUAUAUUUUUGCAUUUUUUGCAUUAAAUACGAUUAUUUUUGUAACAAAAUCAUUGUUUAUUGAAAAUGGCCCAUCUGGUGAAAAUGGAAAAUGGUCAAAGCCAAACUAUACAGGAAAUGUUGGGCUGUAUUGAGCGCUACAAUCCGGACCAUUUGAAGACAUUGGAAUCGUACGUGCAGGACCAGGCUAAGAACAACAGCUAUGACUUGGAGGCCAAUCUGGCUGUGCUGAAGCUAUAUCAGUUCAAUCCUCACAUGCUGAACUUUGACAUUACCUACACAAUCCUGUUGAAGUGUCUGACAAACUUGCCGCAUACGGACUUCGUGAUGGCCAAGUGCUUGUUGCUGCCACAACAGAUGAAGGAUGAGAAUAUACAGACCAUUAUUGAUCUGGCUGAUAUACUGGAGCGUGCCGACUUUACACUGUUCUGGCAACGCGCUGAAGUGAACCGCACUAUGUUCCGCCACAUCACUGGAUUCCACGAUUCCAUCCGCAAGUUUGUGUCGCAUGUGGUGGGCACAACUUUCCAGACAAUCAAGAAGGAUCUGUUGAAGGAGCUGCUGGGCGGCAUUGAGGACUCCACGUUGGAGAGCUGGAUCAAGCGCAACGGCUGGAAGCAUCAGGGUCAGGAUCUGGUGGUUGUAGCCACUCAGGAUGACAAAAUUAAAACUAAGAAUAUUACGGAGAAGAUUGAAUUCGAGAAUGUGGGUGCACUGAUGGCGCAAUGUAUCUAAGCUCUAGAGAGAACAAAAAAAAUAUAUAAAACUAACUAA